AGCAUUUCUGAGCCUGAUCGACGCAUCAACCAUCUUAUGGCAGCUUUCAACCUCUCCCCCUCUGGCCCUUCGACAUUCAUCCUUGCUGGCAUCUCUGGCCUGGAAGCUGCUCACAUGUGGAUUUCCAUCCCUUUCUCUGUGUUCUAUAUUAUUGGCCUGUUGGGAAAUGUCAUGAUUCUGUUUGUUGUAAGCAAAGAGCAGACCCUCCACAAGCCGAUGUACCUGCUGCUCUGCAUGCUGGCACUCACAGACAUUGCCACGUCUACCUCAGUCAUGCCGAAAGCCCUGUGUAUAUUUUGGUUCAAUUUGAAAGGGAUUACUGUGGGUGGCUGCCUCACCCAGAUGUUCUUUCUUCAUGCGGUUUCUGUUAUGCAGUCAGCCAUCCUAGUGGCAAUGGCCUUUGAUCGCUACAUUGCCAUAUGUAACCCUCUGAGAUAUGACACCAUCCUCACCAAUGCACGAAUAGCUAAGCUAGGGCUUUUGGGUUUGUUAAGAACUGUUCUCUUUGUUCUGCCCCUGCCCCUGCUCCUGAGCAGGCAGCCAUUCUGUGCCAACCACAUUAUCCCCCACACGUACUGUGAGCACAUGGCUGUGGCAAAGAUGUCAUGUGGGGAUAUCACAGUCAACAGGACGUAUGGCUUGGUGGUCACAUUUGUAGUCUUAGGGUUAGACCUGUUGCUCGUUGCCUUCUCCUAUAGUCUGAUUACCAGGGUCCUCCUCAGAAUCUCCUCCAAGAGAGCUCAUCAGAAAGCCCUCAACACCUGCACAGCCCACAUCUGUGUCAUGCUGAUGUCUUGUACUUUCUUCCUCUUCUCCACUGUAACACACCGCUUCGGUCAGGGCAUCGCUCCUCAUGUUCACAUCAUCUUGGCCAACCUCCACUUCCUCGUCCCCCCCAUGCUCAACCCUAUCAUUUAUGGGGUCAAAACCAAAGAGCUUCGUGACAAAAUGGGCAAAUAUACCUGCAGAAGAUGA